AUGCUUCGGCGGGCCCUGCAGCUCCGCUUGUGCCGGUGCCUCUUGGCCAGGAGGCUCGGCUCACGCAGAGGAGCCUCCACUCUGGCUUGGGAUGGGAAGUUGUCUGAGAUUAAGAAGAAGAUCCAGUCAGUCCUGCCUGGGACCUGGGAGCCACUGUAUGAAACCAGCCACCUGCCCCCUGAACAAGUGGACGUGGUGAUCGUGGGAGGUGGGGUGCUUGGCCUGUCUGUGGCCUAUUGGCUGAAGAAGUUGGAGAAGCAACGAGGUGCCAUUCGGGUGCUAGUGGUGGAGCGGGACCACACGUAUUCACAGGCCUCCACGGGGCUUUCUGUGGGAGGGAUCCGUCAACAGUUCUCAUUGCCUGAGAACAUCCAGCUCUCCCUCUUCUCAGCCAACUUUCUACGGAACAUCAAUGAGUACCUGGCUGUGGUCGAUGACCCUCCCCUGGACCUCCAGUUCAACCCCUCAGGCUAUCUCUUGCUGGCUUCAGAAAAGGGCGCUGCAAUCAUGGAGAGCAACGUGAAGGUGCAGAGACAGGAGGGAGCUAAAGUGUGUCUGAUGUCCCCUGAGCAGCUCAGGAACAAAUUUCCCUGGAUAAACACUGAGGGAGUAGCACUGGCUUCUUAUGGGAUGGAGAAUGAAGGUUGGUUUGACCCCUGGUGUCUCCUGCAGGGGCUUCGCCGAAAGGUCCAGUCCAUGGGAGUCCUUCUAUGCCAGGGAGAGGUCACACGUUUCAUCGCUUCAUCUAGCUGCAUGGAAAACACAGACGGGGAAAAGGUCACUUUGAAAAGGAUUCAUGAAACCCAUGUAAAGAUGGCACACAGCCUGGAGUACCAGCCUGUGGAGUGUGCCAUAGUGAUCAACGCAGCAGGAGCCUGGUCUGGGCAGAUCGCAGAGCUAGCUGGCAUUGGGAAGGGCCCCCCUGGCACCCUGCAGGGCACCAAGCUCCCUGUGGAGCCGAGGAAAAGGUAUGUGUACUUAUGGCACUGCCCCCAGGGACCAGGCCUGGAGACGCCACUCGUUGCAGACACUAAUGGAACCUAUUUCCGCCGUGAAGGACUAGGCAACAACUAUGUCGGUGGCCGUAGCCCCUCGGAGGAGGAGGAACCAGACCCAGGGAACCUGGAAGUGGACUAUGAUUUCUUCCAAGAAAAGGUGUGGCCCCAUUUGGCCCAGAGGGUACCAGCUUUUGAGACUCUGAAGGUUCGGAGCGCUUGGGCUGGCUAUUACGACUACAACACCUUUGACCAGAAUGGUGUGGUGGGCCCCCACCCACUCGUAGCCAAUAUGUACUUUGCUACAGGCUUCAGUGGUCAUGGCCUGCAGCAAGCCCCUGCUGUGGGGCGGGCUGUGGCAGAGAUGGUGCUGAAGGGCAAUUUCCAGACCAUCAACCUGACCCCCUUCCUCUUCAGCCGCUUUUAUUUGGGAGCAAAGGUCCAGGAGUCUAAUAUCAUCUGA